CGGGCCCGGAGAGGGGCGGGGGGAUUCACGUUUCGCUGACAUCACGGCGGUGCAGGAGCGGCCGGGGGCCGGCAGCCCCGGGGCCCGGCAGCCCCGCAGCCACGGCCGCCGCGCACCCCCGGCACCGGCGCCUCCGGCCAGGAUGGCUCCUCAGAUCUAGACAAGGAGACCAGAGCAGUGCCAGAAAUCCCCAUCCAGGUGACAGUGGCACUGGGAUAGAGGAGCUGCCGUGAGGAUGUCCGAAGCCAAGCCCCUCAGCAUCUCUUGCCUCGUGCUCUCCUUGCUCUCCCUGCCCUGGGCUUUGCUCCAGCUGGGCCAGGCUUUUCCCAGCACCUCUGACUACCUGCAGCGGGGCUGGCAGCGGCUGCUGGAGGAAGGGGAGGGCUGCGCCGAGUGCCAGCCAGAGGAGUGCCCGACGCCGCGCGGGUGCCUGGCAGGCACGGUGCGGGACGCCUGCGACUGCUGCUGGGAAUGUGCCAACCUGGAGGGACAGAUCUGUGACCUGGACAACACCAACCACUUCUACGGCAAGUGUGGGGAGCACCUGGAGUGCCGGCUGGAUGCUGGGGACCUGUGGCACGGGGAGGUGCCCGAGCCCCAGUGCGCCUGCCUGUCCCACCUGGCCCUCUGCGGCUCUGACGGCAAAACCUACGCCCAGAUCUGCCGGUUCCUGGAGGCUGCCCGUGCCCACCCUGAUGCCAACCUCACCGUGGCCCAUGAAGGUCCCUGUGAGUCAGAGCCUCAGAUCACCUCUCCUCCCUAUGACACAUGGAACAUCACCGGGCAGGAUGUCAUCUUCGGCUGCGAGGUCUUCGCCUACCCCAUGGCAUCCAUUGAGUGGAGGAAGGAUGGAAUGGAGAUGCUGCUGCCUGGAGAUGACCCCCACAUCUCUGUCCAGUUCAGAGGCGGCCCCCAGAAAUACGAGGUGACAGGCUGGCUCCAGAUCCAGGGCGUGCGGGUGACGGACGAGGGCACGUACCGCUGCUUCGCCAGGAACAGGCUCGGGGAGGUGGUGGCACUGGCCAGCCUGACCGUCUUCACUCCGGACCAACUCAACCUGACAGACUUCUCCCUGCUGAAGCCCCGCACGACACCUGAGGACUACAGGGAGAGUGAGGAGGACUACUACUAGCCCAGAGAUGGCAUGUUCAGCUGCAGAGACCACCUUGCCCAUAGCGACCCUUCCCUGGGCUUGGGGACAUCUCUGGAGCAAGCAUCCUCCAGCCCAAAACUCCUUUUCUGAACAAUCCUGGCAUGACAGCCUGGUUUUUGGGGUGGGGGACAGGGUGACACAACCUUUUGGGGUGCUGGGGGAUGGGAUACUGGCUGCUUGGCAAGGGCUGGGACCAGGGACAGCUCAGGGUGGAUCUGCCCUCUUGUCACUGAGUGGAGACACAAUGGCAGGUAGGACACUGUGGGGACAGCUGUGCUGUGUGUGAUGAGGUUUGGGGGUGGGGAUGGAGACAGCCUCCUCUGGGAGAGUGAGGCCAGGGCAGGAGCACUGUGUCCUGUGUGAAUAAUUUUUGGGGAAGCUGGAGCAGAGAGCUGGGACCUGACUGUGAUAACCAGCAUGUCACAGCCCACUGGCCCCCUCCAUCUGCUCUGUAUCCCCCAAGCACAGAGACAUCCCAGCUUCUCCCCAGAACCUGAGGAACCUGCUGCCAAAGCACCCUUCUCUUCUGUUUUGUUUUUAACCAGAAAAGUAGUGAUUUGAGGAAACCAGGCACUUGUGGCUUUCAGAGCUGUCUUUUCUCCAGCUGAACCACCCUUGUGGUCAGAAACACUUUGGCCUUUUUUUGACUGACUUAAUUUUUCCCUUCCAUGCCUUUGACUGACCUCAUGCUUUGCUUUGUCAUUUCAGUUGAUGUUAUUUAAAACAUACAUGUAGGUCAAAGCCAAGGCUGGCUGACUGUCCUGCAUCCACAAGGAUGAUUACAGGGGUGAGGAAGGGUGCAAAAACUGUGGAUGCUGCCUUGUCCAUUCUGGGGUGCUUGAGUUGAGGAGCCCUCCUGCACAUCCCAGUGCUCGCAGCUGGUCCUGCUGUGGGUCCUGCCCUUCCCACCCCACCUGGGGAUGGGGGUGCCCAUCAGACAAUCUCCUGGACAAUCUCCUGGUGAUGCAUCAGCUCCAACCACUGCACUCCCAUGUGUUUGGAUCCCAUCCCACUGCUGCCCAUUUUCAUUUGGGGUCCUGAGUUCUGUGACACUGGGGUCUCCACCCAGGUGACCACAGCUCUGUCAAGUGUGGAGCAGCUCUGUGACUAGUUGGUGAAGUAAAGGGGUGCUCCAGUUUCCACUGGAAACAUUAUAUUAAAAAAAAACACCGCCUACCUCCCA